GUGAUGGCUUGUUGAUCCCACGGUGAAAAGCUCGCAACUUCUGCGCUGCGAAAACUGCAUGUUAACUUACGCUGUUCUGACGUUAGUGAGUAAAGUUUAUGUCGUUAACUUCAUCACUGAACAUCAAACGUGUUAGCAUAUGUUUCCUCAGCUGUAUGUUAAGCACGGUUGGUUACAAGACUAAUCGGUGGUAGGGGGGCCACUGAACUGAGCAGGUUGGACAGCCUGCCACGCCCGCAGCACUAUCGUCAACAUGUCGUCGAGCCUUCAAAACAACCUUGGCACUUGGCAGUGCUUGAGUGAGCGCGUGGCAUAGUGGACGCUUGUUGGACGCUACCACCAAAGUUACGAAACUAUGGCGCCUAGAAGACAGGUGUUGGACUUAAUGCGUGUCAUCUCGAGUGCUUCGUGUAGAUGCCCUGCUCAUUCACACACUGCUGGCCCAGUGAAUGUUGUGUCAGCUUCAUGUGUACAGCAUUCUCACACAAGCACAUCACAGAAUGAAAAGGAAUAUGCAUUUGAGAUGGCUUGUUCCACAAUUCGUUAUGGGCCAGGAGUCACACAGGAAAUUGGAAUGGAUAUGGCCAAUAUGAAUGCAAAGAAAGUUUGUUUGAUGACUGAUCCAAACAUAGCAAAACUCCCUUCCAUCCGAACAGCAAUGGAUUCAUUAACUAAGCAUGGUAUCAAUUUUGAAGUAUUUGAUAAAGUCAGAGUGGAACCAACAGACAAAAGUUUGCAGGAUGCAAUAAACUUCGCGAAAGCAGGGCAGUUUGAUGCUUUUGUUGCAGUUGGUGGUGGUUCUGUUACAGACACUUGCAAAGCUGCAAAUCUGUAUUCUUCCAACCCUGAAGCAGACUUCUUGGAUUAUGUUAAUGAGCCCAUAGGGAAAGGAAAACCUGUAAACUUUCCACUGAAACCUUUUGUAGCAGUGCCAACAACUGCUGGUACUGGAAGUGAAACUACGGGUGUGAGUAUUUUUGAUUAUGAGCCUCUGAAAGCCAAGACUGGGAUAGCUCACAGGGCUAUUCGCCCAACAAUGGGACUUGUAGAUCCGCUGCAUACCUUGACAAUGCCAGAGAGAGUAUGUGUUUACAGCGGGUUUGAUGUCUUGUGCCAUGCACUUGAAUCAUUCACAGCUGUCCCUUACACAGAACGAAAACCACGCCCUCCAAAUCCUAUACAGCGUCCUGCUUAUCAAGGCCAGAAUCCAAUAUCAGAUGUUUGGGCUAAAUAUGCAUUGCAGGUCAUGCAGAAAUAUUUUAAAAGGUCAGUUUACCAGCCAGACGACGUCGAGGCCCGAUCUGCCAUGCACUUGGCAUCAGUAAUGGCAGGUGUUGGCUUCGGUAAUGCCGGAGUGCACCUUUGCCAUGGUCUGUCAUAUGCAAUAUCUGGGAAUGUGAAAGAUUACAAACCUGAAGGUUACAGCAAGGAUCAUCCCAUCAUUCCACAUGGCUUGUCUGUUGUAAUGAGUGCACCAGCAGUUUUCAACUUUACGGGACCAGCAUGUCCUGACAGACAUAUUGAAGCAGCGGGUAUCCUAGGAGCUGAUGUAAGAAAUGCUAAGAGGGCAGAUGGAGGAAAGAUCUUGGCAGAUACUGUAAGAGAAUAUAUGCAGGUCAUGAAAGUAGAUAAUGGCUUGUCUGCCCUUGGCUUCACUAAAGAUGAUGUUCCUAACUUAGUUAAAGGCACUGUUCCACAGCACCGUGUCAGGAAGUUGGCUCCAUUGGAACAAACUGAAGAGGAUCUGACAACAAUGUUUGAGAAUUCAUUUACGGUGUAUUAGUCACAACUCGUGUCCAGAAAUAUGGAAUAUAUGAAGCUAUGCAAGAUGAUUCUUAUUUGUGAGAGAUUGUUUUUGUGCAAUAACUGGAGAGAGGCAGCUGGACAGCAAAUCCGCCAAUAAGAAAAUGCAUAACAUGCUCAAAGAGAUUUUCUCCCCAUAUAACGUAAUGUGGACACAAUCAACCCACAUAAAUUUACUGCAACAUUUUUGGUAUUUGUAAGAAGGCAAGUCAUCUGAAGGGAAACGAAAUCCACAAAUAUUUUUUGUUAUUAAUGUAUUAAAAAAUGUUUUGAUGUGUACAUGCAUAUGUUUCAGUGGAUUAUUGCUGUUAAAGCACCAAUUUGUUACGUAUUUUUAUGUGUAUCUUUUGUACCUGGAUGUUAAAAAUUGAUAAAUAAAUUUAAUUCAAUGUUUA